GAAAGACGUGUAUGAGGGUGGUGCGCGCGACGGCUUCCUACGCAGGAAUCAAUAGCGUCCCGACGCUAGCGCCUUCAGGCCCGGUUAUAGAAAGUGCCUCCGCCGUCGGCCGCCUCCAGGUCCGAGCCAGUAAGAAUGGCUGACACAGAGUUUGAAGAAUUUCGACAUUUCUUUGAGCGAUUGCCACAGCAUCUAAAGGCACCAAUUUCUAAUUACACACUCGUGCACGAUGUUAUGGUGGAUGAUUCUCCGACGUCCUCGGAAGAGAGUACCGGGGACGUCGCCAGGGCUUGUAGAGGAGCUGCCAGAGAUUCCGAGGAUGAGGAUGUACUGGUGUUACAUGGAGCUGGGGCGCAGAGUGGUUACAGUUCAGCUGAUGAUAAGGAAGAUGUCGAGCCUUAUUGUUCCAUCGUGGCUGACAGUGACUUCAGCUUGUUCGGUGGACUGAGCAGCAGGGGCCGAUCUGGAGGCGGUGGCCCAGUAUCCGGUGGCGGCAGUAGUGCAACCGGGCUCGGAAAUGGAGGCAGAGAUAGCGUCGUCAGCGAUGUGGGGGAUUCCUGCUCGAGUCUAAGUUCCUGGGCGACACCAGAACACGUUCCUGCAAAUCGUCCAGGAAGUGGAGGUAACGAGCGACGUCGUAGAAGAUUACCGGAAAUUCCAAAGAGCAAGAAAUCAUUGCCCAUGAACCAAAUGUCUCUGCACUCUUCGUCGUCGUUAGCUGAUGAACUCGGCGCUGCUGGUUCGGCGUCAGGACGACCUCAUCUGGUCCUCCGGAAAUGUUAUCCAAGACUUCGACACGAAGACAGCUCACCAGAUAGCGAAAGAAUUGCUACGGAUAGUGGUCACUCUACUGCUCAUUCUCCAGACAACAAUCUUAAAAGUGUCUCACCUAUACCCUGUAAUACUCUUCAAAAUAUGGACUCUUCAUCAUCUAGCAGUACACCAGGAAGUGGAGGCGUACCCUUUACGCAAUUGGAAUUACUGGAGGCGACUCAUAGAGGUUUGCAUAAGUUUGUACCACGACACCUGGACGAGAUUGACCUGGAGAUCGGUGAUCCUAUCUACGUGCAGAAGGAAGCUGAUGAUCUGUGGUGCGAAGGUGUGAAUCUUCGAACGGGACGUCAAGGUAUCUUCCCGUCGGCAUAUGCAGUGGACAUGGACUACAGUGAUUUUGAUCCAUCCGCACCAAAGGUCAAGAGAGAACGAUACCUUCUGGGGUAUCUAGGCUCUGUAGAAACUCUAGCUCACAAAGGUACUGGAGUUGUCUGUCAAGCUGUACGUAGAAUCGUAGGUAAUGCAUCCCAGGAGUCACCAACUUCUCAAAGUUGUAUCCUCGAAGUGUCAGAUCAAGGUCUUCGGAUGGUUGACCGUAGUAAGCCGCAGAAAAAUCAAGGUCCUUGUCACGAUUAUUUCUAUUCCCUAAAAAACGUAUCUUUCUGCGCGUUUCAUCCACGUGACCAUCGCUACCUCGGCUUCAUCACGAAGCACCCCACCCUGCAGAGGUUCGCCUGCCAUGUGUUCAUCGGCCAGGAGUCGACGAGGCCAGUCGCUGAAGCCGUUGGGCGAGCCUUCCACCGAUUCUACACCAAAUUCAUUGAGACUGCUUUCCCAAUAGAGGACAUCUACAUUGAAUAAUUUUCAGCUGUCGUAAUGGCCGGGAAUACAAAUUCUCACCUUCCCAUUGUAUAUAUUCCCUUAGCUGGUAGUUAAUAAACGCGAAUCAAACACCCAAUACCAAGUAACUUCAGGAAAUGUCACGGCCGAUAUUGAAAGUUUUAUUUUAUUCAUUUAAACUGAUAAACGGGAGUGGAUAUAAGGAAUAAUUUUUAUCAAUAGAAUUUUCCAAUGAAUCGAAUCUGUGUAAUUCUUCAGGCAUAUCAUUUUAUUCGAUAUAAUGUUUAUGUCACUUUGUGGACAGUUAUGGAAAAUUAUAUUAGAAUUGUUAAUAACUUUGUUAUUGUGUAAAUCACGUAUACGAUACGUCUUUGCGAAGAGUUAUAAACUCAGUUGUAACUUAGAUUUUUAUAAUUAUUUAAAAUAGAGAUUGCAAAUCAUUUUUUACAAGGAUCAUAAUUGAAUUAUGCAAACGCACAAUGGCCUACCGUAAUCAACCAUUCUCAUAAUACAGAUAUCAAGGAGUGAUCAGGUUUUAUUUAAUUAGCAUUUUAUUAUGAUCAUAAUUAAAAUUGUAUGUCACUACCUUUACACAGCUAUUUCUAUAUUCAUGUCUAAUGCUUUUCUUUCAUUUUUCUGCUAUAUCUCCCAAACUUCACAGUGCCUUUGAUUAUUCGAAAAUCGUGUCGGAACACCGUGCCUUUUUUAAAUUCAUUAUUAUUAAUUUUAUUUUCUUAAUUAAUACAUUAUUGAAAACAAUUCAGUCACGUAUGUCCAUUUAAUUUUCACGUUCAAGUUAUUUAUAUUUUCUGCAUAAGUAUCUUUUUUAAUGUCAAUAGUCGACGAAUAGAAAACAUAUUUUUCAACAGAAAAAUUGCUAUAAAGGAUCGUUCGGUAAUAUUUCCAAAGAAAUAAAACUGUUAAGCAACCGGAAGGAUAUGCCAAAAGCAAUAUUCAGGAAUAAUUUAAUCAAGCUUGAAAUAAGAAUUAAUUAUCUGUAAGAAUAUAAAAAUGUUGCUGUCUUGAUAUUUCUUGUGACGAUGUUCCAUUGGGCAUUUGAUUCAGCAAGAUAAAAAGAAGUAAAAGAUAAAUAUGAAAUACGGACCACAGUAAAAAUGUAUUCCUUAAACAAUGAACCCCGGAUAUAGACGAGUAAAUGAGUAGCGAUAUAAAUACUAAAAAAGAUUCAUUGAUUUUUCGAAAGCUUUAAAAAGCGAUCGAAUGAACCUAGCUCAUUAAAAAAAAGCACAUAGAAAAUGGUGGCUGCCGUAUUUCGAAAUUCUUCAUUAUUAUCAGAACGUAUUGAGUCUUACAUAUACCUCAAGAGAAUAGUUUUUAUUCCUCCAAAGUCGCAGUGAAAUUAUAAAUACUCAAUUUUUGUUAAUUUUAUUCGUUAGAACUGUACAAAACUGUGUAUUGAAUUCUACAGGCAAUUUUCUGAAUAACAAAUAACGUUUCAUACGCCUUUUCUCCUUAUCUUAGAGCUAGAAGCGGAAUCAUUUAAAGACAUAAUUGCUAGUAGUACAGAUCCAAAAGAAAUUUUCUUGGAUACAGCGGAUCCGCGAUUAAUGAAACUAUACAAAAAAGAACAAAUUAUAAUUAUAAACAGUAAUGGAAAUAACUUGAAUAGAUCCUUGAAAAUGAAUGAAUAAUCAUCGAGUGAUGGUACCACGUAUUAUAAGAUGAUGAAUUUCUUUUUAAUUAAAAAUCCGUGGUUCAAAUUAAUACGUAAUCUGUGGAGAAACGUGUCAAGGCUACAUUCAAAAUUGAAAUGAUUCGCUAUAAAAUACAAAAAAAUCGAUAUACACGAUAUAAUAAAUUUGAGUAGUUGCUAGUAACAAAUGAAUUGUAGGACGAAUGACAAAGAUGAAAUAAUACAAGGGCAUAAGUUUAUAAUUAUAUCAAAUAGUUUGAUAAGUCUUAUGUUUAUUUUUUUACGCGGGUCAUAAUCCCCCUGUAUGAUAUAUUAUAUUGAUGGGUACCAAAAGAAAUUAUAGGUCUGUAUUUAUAGUCAGUGUUUGAGAUGAAGCACAGUCUUAGGACCAUAGUUAUAGUAAUAAUAACACAAUGGUAGGGGAUGCCUUAAGAUCGUGCUUAAAAUGAAUAACUAACUAUGAAUAUGGGCCAUAGUCUUAGAAUUCGCUAUAUCGAGAUCCUACAAUUUUCACUCACAACACAUGUAGCGACUGUUGUAAUCAAAUCCUGUAAUCCUGUACUUAUAUGAUAAUGGCUUUACGGUUUAAUCUAUGGCUCUAUUGGGCAAUAAAUAACAUACGAUUUGAGUCGCGUUCA